GGCACUUGAGUCUAUGUGUCUUUUGGCUACCUCUGAAUUUUCACACGAUGCCGUCAAAAAACAUCAAGAGACAAUUAUAAAUUCUUUAAAGAGUGAAAGGGAUGUUAGCGUUCGACAACGGGCUGUAGAUUUACUUUAUGCAAUGUGUGAUCGGUCUAAUGCUGAAAAUAUUGUUGCUGAAAUGCUUACUUAUUUGGAAACGGCUGAUUACUCUAUCAGAGAGGAAAUGGUACUUAAAGUGGCUAUACUUGCAGAGAAAUAUGCAACAGAUUAUACUUGGUAUGUUGACGUAAUUUUGAAAUUGAUACGAAUUGCUGGGGAUUAUGUUUCUGAAGAAGUUUGGUGUAGAGUUAUUCAGAUUGUUGUUAAUCGAGAGGAUGUUCAAGGAUAUGCUGCUAAAACAGUUUUUGAGGCUUUGCAACAGGCUACUUGUCAUGAAAAUAUGGUUAAAGUAGGCGGUUAUAUUCUUGGGGAAUUUGGCAAUUUAAUUGCGGGAGAUCCUCGUUCGAGUCCAAUGAUUCAAUUCGAAACUUUACAUAGCCGUUUUCAUUUGUGCAGUAUUGCUACAAGAUGUUUAUUAAUGACUACUUAUAUUAAAUUUUGUAACUUGUUUCCUGAAAUAAAAACUCAUAUACAAGAGAUUUUACGUUCUGAUACUAAUUUGAGAAAUCCUGAUGCUGAAUUGCAACAAAGAGCUGUUGAAUAUUUGCAAUUGAGUAAAGUUGCAUCGCCUGAUGUUCUUGCAACGGAGAUGCCGUUAUUCCCAGAAAAGGAAAGCAGUUUGCUUGCAAAAUUGAAGAAGUCGCAACCACAAGCAGAGGAUUUGGACAGUUCCCAAACAGAACCGAAACACCGCCCUUCUGCAAUAAUGUCUUCAACCACAAAUGCACCUAAACCUGGAACGUCCCCUUCUGCAUCUGAUUCAAGCAAGCUUCUUGAUCUUAGUGGUGAUGUUCAACAAUUAACUAAUGGAUCUUCUGCAAUCAAUCAAUUGUCAGAUAUUUUUGGGAAUUUGAAUACAUCAAAUGGAUUUACUAGCGAUGAACCGAUUUUCAACAAAAGCGAUUAUUUAAAGUUUAUAGUGAGACAAACUGGAAUACUUUAUGAAGAUGAAAUAGUCCAAAUUGGUUGUAAAUUAGAAGCUCGUUCAAAUUUAGCUAGAUUGGGAAUGUUUUAUGGAAAUAAAACUAGUGCAAAAUUUACACAAUUUAUUACAGCAAUUACUUGUCCUGGCCAAUUAGCUGGCCAAUUAGUUUGUCAGGCAAAGCAAAUCGACUCAGAAAUUGAUGCUGGCACUCAAAUCCAACAAUUAGUCAAUGUUGUUUGUUUAAAUUCCUUUUCGCAAUCGCCAGUAAUUAAAAUCUCGUUUACUUACACGGCAAAAGACAAUCUUCAACAACAAUUUUCUCAAAAUCUCUACAUCCCAAUUUUUAUUAAUAAAUUUUUUGAGCCAACAGAUAUGAAUUCAGAACAAUUCUUUAAUCGUUGGAAACAACUAAAUUUGCCAAUUCAAGAAUGUCAAAAAAUUUUUGCUGCAAAAUCUUCAAUGGAAUCAGAGGAUGUUUCACAACAACUUUCAAAUUUGGGAGCUCGUGUUCUUCCAGGAAUUGACCCAAAUCCUGAUAAUUUUGUUUGUGCUGGCAUAAUUCACACACAAGCUGCUCAGAUUGGGACUUUGAUUAGAUUGGAGCCUAAUAAACAAACAAGGGUGAGGCAGAUUUAA